CGCACGAGGAGGUCGAGAAAACUGACCAAAGGUGCUCGAUCGAUCAAGCGAGGAAGGAUCCAUGGACAGGAAUGGCGUCAAGGUCACCUACAUCGAGACGCAGUUCGUCACCUCCGACGCCGCGGGCUUCAAGUCCCUCGUGCAGCGCCUCACCGGCAACUCACCCGUCGCCGCCACGCCCGCGCGCCAGCUCCACAGGCCGCGGCCCCGCCACGCCGAUGGGUGGAGCGCUGCCACUGCUGGACCGUCAAGCUAUCGCAUUCCCGCCACGGCAGGCCCGGUUACCGCAGCGGCGAAUGACGCGCGGACGGCCAACGCCGGCGCCACCGGAGCGUCAAGCUAUCUCAUUCCCGCCACGGCAGGCCCGGUUAGUGUAGCGGCGAUUGAGAAUGACGCGCGGGCGGCGGCGGCCGCUGCCUACGCCGGCGCUGGGCAGCCGUCGGGCCUGGAUGAGCUGCACGGCCUCUGCGAUUACACGGAGCUUUUCACCGUCGUCGGCGCGAGCGAACGGCAUCGUGACGGCAGUUACAGUGGUUUCCCCUAUUGAAGUGCAAGUGUAAAUACACACACAGGCUCUAGGUGUUAAGAUUCAGCCUUUGUAGCCAUAGACAGCAGCAUUUGUAAGAGACUUGGCAGCGCAAACAUUUGUGUAUGUAAAGUUGCAAUCAUUCUGGGACUUCACGAUAUAUAUUCAA